UAGGCUGCAUGGCUUCAUAGAGGAUGAAGACCAACCCUGCCAGCUCCUCACUAGAAACCUGUAGAGUUGCAGGACAGGGAGAGAAGGGCUGCCCUGUCUGUCAGGCCUGUGGAGGGGCCUCUGGUCUGGGGUCUACUUCAGGGUCAGGGUCAGGUUUUAGACUAGGACCUGGGGCUGUUCUGGGGCCUGGGCUGGGACCUGGAGCUGUUCCAGGACCUGGACCUGGUCCUGGGACUGUUCCAGGGUCUGGGCCAGGAUCUAAAGCUGUUUCUGUGACUGGUGCUACUUCAGGGCCUACUCUGGGACCCACACUAGGAACAGAAUCAUUACCUGGACCAGGACCUAGGUCUGGACCCAGGCAAGGAGCUGAGACAGUACCUGGAUCAGUACCUCAGUCAGGACCCGGGUCACUACCUCAGCCAGGAGCUAGGUCAGUAUCUCAGCCAGUAACUGGGCCAUUACCUCAGCCAGGAACCAGGUCAGUACCUCAGUCAGGAGCUGCAUCAGUACCUCAGCCAGGACCUGGGUCACUACCUCAGCCAGGACCUCAGUCAGGAGCUGGGUCAGUACCUGAGCUAGUAAGUGCGUCAGUACCUAGUCAGGGAGCUGCACCAUUAUCUGGGCUGGGGCUAGGGUCUGGGGCCAGACGAGGCUCUGGGACAGGUUCUAACCCCAGUGAAUCAGUGGCAACCCCAGAACCAGCACUGCAGCAGAAGACUGGAACCAAACCCACACAAGCCCCCAGACAAAAGGUUCUGGUGACCGGAGGAGGAGGCUACUUGGGGUUCAGCCUGGGCUCCAGCCUGGCCAAGAGAGGCACUUCUGUCGUCUUGCUUGACCUUCGCAGACCCCAGUGGCCGCUACCCCCAGGAACCGAGUUUGUCCAGGCCGAUGUCCGAGAUGAAGAAGCCCUGUACCAAGCCUUCCAGGGAGUGGACUGUGUUUUUCAUGUGGCCUCCUAUGGCAUGUCUGGGGCUGAGAAGCUACAGAAACAGCAGAUUGAGUCUAUAAAUGUCGGAGGCACCAGGCUAGUGAUUAAUGUCUGUGUCCGUCGGCGGGUUCCAAGGCUCGUGUACACCAGCACAGUCAACGUGACAUUUGGUGGGAAGCCCAUAGAGCAGGGCGAUGAGGGCUCUGUCCCAUACUUCCCGCUGGACAAGCACAUGGACCACUACUCUCGAACCAAAGCCAUUGCUGACCAGCUGACUCUCAUGGCCAAUGGGACACCUCUCCUAGGAGGAGGUACCCUGCGCACCUGUGUGCUCCGCCCCCCAGGGAUCUAUGGCCCUGAAGAACAGAGACACCUACCCCGGGUGGCCAGCCACAUCAGGAAGAGACUUUUCAUGUUCCGGUUUGGGGAUCGCAGGACACGCAUGAACUGGGUCCACGUGCAGAAUCUGGUGCAGGCGCACAUGCUGGCCGCUGAGGCCCUCACCAUGGCAAAGGGCUACGUGGCUAGCGGGCAGGCAUACUACAUCAACGAUGGGGAAAGCGUCAACCUCUUUGAGUGGAUGGCUCCACUGUUUGAGAAGCUGGGGUACAGUCAGCCCUGGAUCCAGGUACCAACUUCCUGCGUUUAUCUGACAGCUGCAGUGAUGGAGUACCUGCACCUGGCCCUGAGGCCCAUCUGCACCAUCCCCCCACUGCUUACCCGCAGUGAGGUGCUCAGUGUGGCCGUGACGCACACCUUCCAGAUUGCCAAGGCCCGCGCUCAGCUUGGCUACACGCCGGACAAGUUCAGCUUCGCCGACGCAGUGGAGCGAUAUGUGCAGGCCACGACCCCUCAGCGCCGUGGCUUCACCAUGCUGACGCUCCUGCGGCUGCUGCUCCUGCUGCUGCUGCUGCUCAGCCUGCUGGGCCUUGCCCUGUACUUCCUAGGGCUGCGACCGUUGCAAGGUGCUGUGCAGCUCCUCUGACCCCGCCCCCUAAUCCCCGGUCAGGUUCUCUGAGUUUAUACCUGGCUUUGACCUCCUGAUUCAGACACGCCCCUGAUUCUUGACCCCGCCUCUAUACCUGGUCACGCCCCUGCCCCUUCCUCUAUGGGCUUGUAUUCGUCCUCCUCACAUUCUCUACCCCGCUCCCUGAAUCUCAGCCACGUUUCCUCGCCCUCGGCUUCCUGACAGCGUUUUACACUUCUCCGAGGCCAGGUGAGGCCGUUAAUGAGGUCCCGGCCUCCCAGCCAGCGUCUUCUUCCCAGACAUUUCCAGACUCCUAACAAAUCCAGCCUUCUCCCCAUUCCUCCCGGUUCUUUCUGCUCUGGUUUCGCCCUUCCUGCCUCCACCUGUCCGCUGAAGCUCCAACAAGCUUGCUUAUUUAGGGACAGGUCCUCUUGCUCUGUCCCCUUCCAGCCCCGCCGUUGUCUAAGUGGACAAGUUCUGGUUGGUGGAGUCGGGAACUGGACCAGUCUUCUGCUGUUUCUGGGGACGGUGGGGCCUCCUCCCUGCCAUGGCUUCUUUGAGUUUGUUGGAUCUUGACACAGAUCUGUGUUGAUUAGCUGGGGAAGGAUACCCAGCCCAACUUGGUAUCUUUGGGUUCUCACUUAACUCAGCAUAGUAAAGAGGUUUUGUACCAGAAGGGGCAAGAGAAAAAA